AUGCCUAUGGGUUCACCAAUAUCACCAAUAGUGGCCGAUAUAGUAAUGGAAAACAUUCUAGACGAAAUGAUGGUUAAAACAUGUAAUAAACCACGUUUUUUGACCAAAUAUGUGGAUGACAUAUUUGCUAUAGUCAAAUCAAAUGACGUAGAGAGUAUCUUGACCAUAUUAAAUAAUGUACACUUUAGAAUUAAAUUUACAAUAGAAGAGGAACUUAAUGAUAAACUACCUUAUUUGGACACAACAGUUAUAAGACAUGAUAACCGGAUUAAAUUAAAGUGGUAUCAAAAACCAACGAAUUCUGGACGAUACAUUAAUUUUGACUCCCAACAUCACUACCAUGUAGUCCGUAAUACUGCACUUAACUUAAUUAGACAUGUGUUCAAUAUCAGCGAUUCAAUUUUCCAUAAGGAAAAUGAAGAAACAAUUAUUGGUAUUCUAACCAAAAAUAAUUUUCUAAUCAACAUUAUCAAAUCCUUGUUAAAAAAAGCAAAAUCUACUGAAAGUAAAAAAUCGGAGAAUGAACCCAAAAUUUAUGUAUCAAUGACGUACAUACCUAGCUUCUCCGAAAGCUUUCAAAAAUCAAAAUGCUUCAACAAAACAACGCAUAAAGUAGCUUUCAAAACCACAAAUACAUUAAAAAAUUGGUUUAAUAGAACAAAAACUCCAGUAGACAAGUUAGACCAACAUAACUUGGUAUACAAAAUUCCCUGUGAAGGUGACGGAGCCAACGUAUGCCAACAGGUAUAUGUUGGCACAACAAAAAAGAUAUUAAGAACGAGAAUCGCUGGACACAAGCAUGAUCUAAAGAGUCGCACUACACCCCUGGAUCAAAAAACAGCUCUAGCAACACAUUGCAUUAAAAUGAACCAUUCUCUCAACUUCGAUGAGGUUACAAUUUUACACCAGGAGAAAAAUUACAAACGUAGGAUGUUGCUAGAAAUGCUGCAUAUAAUUGACGUUUUAGAUGACCAACAACUGAACUACAAGAGGAAUACUGAAGGCUUAGCGCAAAUAUAUAGAUCACUAAUCAAAAAUUAA